CCUGUUUUAGCGGGGUCACUAAAGAAAGUGUUGCGGAAGGCACGGACCACGCAAAUCGUCCAACAACACGCUGCGUCAUAUCCGCACGCACUCGCUCCCGCAGUCUCCGCCGACGCGUCUCGAUGCCGCCAGCGUCUUCCAACCCCCAUGGACGCCUACACGCCCGCCUCUGAGCAUCCGCACGCGUCGACCCUCACUGCGAUAAGAUAGCUGACAUCAGCAUGGCCCAAAUUCCCCCGUACCCACUCUACAACCGCACGUACAACCUGUACCGCCUGUCCCCGCUCCACUGCCACGACAACCCCCUCUUAGUCGACGCCUCACUCCGCACCCAUGCCAAGCGGCUGAAGGAACAGCUCAAAGGCGACAACGUGCGCGGCGUGCAGGUCGACUUUGCCGGUGCCGACGACACCGCGAAACUCGGGCCGUUGGACGAGUGCAGCUGGGAGCUGAUUGGCGACGAGGACGCCUGGAUUGACCGACAUCGCCAGUCGAUAGACCCCGAUGCGUCACAGCUAUCGUCCGUCUCCCAGCUCACUCCAGAGCGGGCGCGUGGACUAGAAGUCAGCCUCGAGUAUGAGAAGCAGUCGUAUAAUGCGCUCCUGCUGCGGGACCCAGGCGUCACUUCCUCGCAAACGGGCUUCACGUCACUACCCCUACUACUCGUGAAGAUGCCAGGCCCAAUACGUGACAUCUUCCUCAACUACCUCCGGACGACCUUCGAUGCCCACGUUGCGCCCUUGAAGCUGCCCUCGCCCUUCAUCACCUCAAGUCUCGAGACCUACUUCAAGCACCUCGCAGCGAGGUACUCCACCCAAUCCAUACAAGACAUCAUAAGACAACUGCAUAUUCAAUUGGCAUUCCCCAACACCACAACUAUCCUCAAACACGUAGAGAUCACAGUCGCAGGCGGCGACAUCUCGGGUUUCGUCGACAGGGGCAGACUGCUCAAAGAUACACAAGAUAAGCCCUUUACAGCUGCCCUGACUGCGUAUCUUCAGCAGCACCUCGCCCUCGACAUUUCGCACCCCAAAGUCCAGAUAUCUCGAAUAGCUUGUAACAGCUUCCACCUCGGCACCGAACGCCUCAAACUCGUCGCACCCGACCCGCUAGCCGACACGUCCUUCUCCGAUGAAGGUGGCGCAUCACAAGACGCAAGUGCAAGCGAACUCGCUGUACAAGAGCUCUAUACAUCUUUAGUUCGAGAGGCUGCUGGCAGCGGGAAGUUUCUGCCGGAAGAUAUGACCAGCGCAUCGAGAGAAGAGACGCCGUCCUCCAUCGCAAGUGCUAAAGCGGGGCGCAGGAAGAGAGCCAUCAGCAGCACUGCUGUCACCGAUGGCAACAACAAGAAGACUAAAGGCAGAGGGAAAGAGAACAACCGGAAGCUCAAUGGCAAUACCGGCAUGGCUGAUAUCUAGGCACGCCUAGUCCUGGGUGGCAGUACGUUUUUUUUAAAGCGCGUUGAAUAUUUCACAAGAUACCCAUUAUCAAGUUUCUAGCAACGAAACCAUUGCAUCUCACCUCAUCUUCUUUCCGCUUCAAGUUGGCACGUGCCACACUUCCAUGUCACGUCUCUCUCACUGCGAUGUCGCCACCAGAUCACACUCGGCUACAUGGAGGCUUGCACUGCCAAACUUCUGUC